CAAAGCUUCCUCACUGGCUUUUGAUGCAAGUUGAAUCUCAACGCUGUUCCACAAUUUUACCUUCUGGUUAUUUCCUAGUCUGAAGAACAACAUGCGAUUUUUGCAAUUGCUUUUCAUAGCUUGUGCUAUGAUUUUACCCAAUUCCAUAAUACUUGCGAUGGAAGAAAUAGCAGAGGUUGGUGAACAAAAUCUAGGACAAAGAACUGGAAGACUUUUCAACCAUCGUGGGAGUACCUCAAGCGAUGUAAAAAGCGAAGGACUGGCCGACGCUCCUGAAAACCUGACUUCUAACAUGGAGCCGGAGUCUCACGGUCUUGACCCUCAGGAAAAUGUGAACGGCAAUCAGCUUCUUCAUAAAGUCCAAUCGUUGUAUUGGUAUUGGGCACCAGAAUUACUUAUGCUUGCAUUAGCAGGCCCCCUGAUGAAACAUUGGCCCGAACUUUUUGAGCCUCGUCAAUCUACAUACAAUUUGAUUCCUGGUUUGUGGAUUGCUGCCGCACCUGGAAUGGCUUGGAAUUUCUUCCGUGGAUCCAAAUUUAUUUCAAAAUUCAUUUCAAAAGCUUCACAUGAUUAA